AGGAGGAGGAGGUGGUGAAGGAGGUGGAGGUGGAGAACGACGGCGACAAGGAAGGGGAAGAGCAAGGGCACGAAGACAGUCAGUCUCGGAUGAAAUUCGAGCCACUUUAGUUGACCAUGUCCUUGUCCAUGGGAUGACUAUGAGGGAGGCUGGGCAACGAGUACAACCAAAUUUGAGUCGCUUCACUGUUGCCUCCAUCAUCAGAACCUUCAGGGAGGAAAACAGGACACAGAGACGACCACCUGGUGGAGGCAGGUUAAGGCUUUUGUCGGAGGAGCAAGAGAGGGAACUUGUAAACAUGGUAAUUGCAAAUAAUGUAAUCCGCCUGCAAGAGAUUCAAAGGAGAGUGAUUGAGGAUGAUCAUCUUUUUCGAGGCAUAAAUGCCAUCAGCCUCUCCACAAUUGACCGCAUCCUCCGAAAGAAUCAAUUCCGGAUGAAACAGGCAUACCGAGUCCCUUUCGAACGAAACUCUGACAGAGUGAAAAACCAACGUGUGGAAUAUGUUCAGAGAAUCUUUGAGAUUGAAGGACGGCCUGUUCCCCAUGAAAUGAUCUUUGUGGAUGAGGCAGGUUUUAACCUGACCAAAAGAAGGAAAAGGGGGAGGAACAUAAUUGGCCAUCGGGCUAUUGUAAAUGUCCCUGGUCAGCGUGGGGGGAAUGUCACUAUGUGCGCAGCCAUCAGCCAACGAGGGGUACUCCACCGCCAUGCCGUACUAGGACCCUAUAACACUAUGCUUCUCCUUGCUUUUCUUGAUGGUUUAAGACAACAUAUGUUCCAGCUGGACUACAGGGAACCAGCACAGCCAGAGCAGCCUCACUACGUUGUUGUGUGGGAUAACGUCAGCUUCCAUCGCGCUGCUCUGGUUCGUGACUGGUUUACCAAUAACCCAAGGUUUUCUAAUAUCUUUCUGCCUGCAUACUCCCCCUUUCUAAACCCGAUAGAGGAGUUAUUUUCGGCAUGGCGGUGGAAAGUGUAUGACCGAGAACCUUAUGUCCGUGUUCACCUCCUUCAGGCCAUGGAAGAGGCCUGCCUAGACAUAUCAGUAGAUGCAUGCCAGGGGUGGAUCAGGCAUGCAAGAGGAUUUUACCCCCGCUGCCUGGCUGGGGCCAAUAUAGCCUGUGAUGUGGAUGAGAUUCUCUGGCCUGACCCAGACCAAAGACAAGAUGCUGUGGUGGGAUAAUGUUUCUGGUGUGUGUUGUACUGUAUAGUACAUGAAUGACAAUGUGCCACUGUACAUACAUUGGUUGCGUCUUUUGUGUUUAUCAUGUGACAAGGGUUUUGAAGGGGAGAACCAUAAGCAACCUAAUUGUUUUGGAACUAUUGUUUUGAAUUAAUUGUACCAGUGUGCAAAACUCUGUUGUAGUGUGUGUGUUUUUGAGGGCUUGUGUUUGAUGUCUGAGGGCAAAGUUCGGUUUUUCAGCAGGAGUGAAUAGUUUUGGGUGUAGAGCUUCAUUUUGACCUGGAAAUAGGAUGUUUGGGGAAUUGAGUGAGAUGUUAUGGAUUUGUGUUUACUGUUGUGCGGAUAUGAGGCGUAGUUUCAAGAAAUGUGUUUUAGCAAUCGAGAAAAACUGUAAAAGCUGAAGAAAAA